AUGCGUAGAAGGACACUGAAAUGUCCAUGGUUUUUUCAUGAAGUGUCAAAAGUUGUACCUAUUAUUCACGAUGUUUCGAUACGAAUAAAUGAUAAAGGGAUACUCCGUCGACUACCAGGACAAACAGAUCGCAGUAUAUUAAUUAAUCCAGAUCUUUUUGAAAAGCCCGAGGUAACAUUAAUGUGCUACAACAUCCAACUAUCAAAAGAUUCUAAAUCAUUCGCUUACAUAUUUAAAAAUGUUGAUCCCACAGGUAUUUGGUAUGAUUAUUCCAUAAGAGAUGGCGAUCGAUUACUGACCAUUGCUAAUGAAGAUGUCACAUGUAUGUCACAUGAAGAUGUUUAUUUGGCUAUUGUUAAUAAACAACAACCAUUUCAAAUUGGCAUAACAUGGCAUCCAGAAUUAUAUCUCAGUUUUGAAUCAAGAAUUGUUAAGGAUUCUAUUCGACAACAAAAGAAAAUAUUUCAUCCGAUACAAGCUUUAUCAUUAGCACAAUUUCAUCAAACAACAAAAGAAGAUUCAAUGGCAAAAAUGUUGUUACUAAAAGAGAAAGAGGCGUUAAUCUAUCAUAAAACAUUUAGUGGAAUGAACAUGUAUGAUCAUAUUUCAAAAUUAUUACGUUAUUUAUUUGAUCAUCGUCCCGUUGAUCCUCAACAUAUAUUUGAAGAACUAUCGCGUCAAUUAAAGAAGACACCGUAUGUACCAGAUUCAACAUUCAACAGAGAAAAGUUCAAAACAAAUGUUGAUGCAAAAGAUUCAUUAGACGAUCGACAACAACAGAAACAAGAAUCAGAAAGUUCAAACACAAAUAAAAAUGAGAAAGAUCAAACAAUACAUGAAUUAGCAUUGCGACAACUUGAAGAAAAAUUUACAUUACCAGACGACUCAGAAGAUACUCGAAGAAUGAGAAAUGCCUUAGAAUUACAUGCAAUGGUUGAACAAAUUGGCUGUGGAAUCAGUAAAGAAGAAAUAUACUGGUUUGCUGCACCAUUACAAUUGAUUAAAGUAAAAUUUGCAAAAAAACUAUUCGCAGACAAAGAUUCGUUCGAUGAUGUUGAUCUAAAUGAUCAUUAUUUUAUAGAAGCAACAGAACAAUCAGAUAGAACUGAAGAAACAAUGACAGAAAGUGCCGUAACAGAGCAAGAUGAAGAAAUUGGCACAAGAGAAUCAGCACAAAAAUCAAAAUGGAAAGCUUCAACAUCUGUUCCACCUGAACAACCGGGCAGUGGUGUAAACCAAAAAGUUUAUUAUGUUAUAUCAAAGAUGAAUGAUGAUUUUAUUCAAUUACCAAUGGUUACAUCGGAUCAAAUACGUCUAGCACGUUCAAUUAGACGUUUGUUUACCGGAAAUUUAGAAUCAAAAGUUCAGAGUCAACCACUAUUUCCUGGUGUUGAAAAACAUUUAUUACGUGCACAAGUUCAACGUAUUAGUGCUGGAACACAGUUAGGACCUUUGAACUAUUUUAAAUUACCAAAUGAUGACGAAGAGCAAGAAGAGGUUGAGGAUGCUCCAAAAACAUUUGUGGUUGAUGAAAACUUUGAAGGAAAUGCAUUGGAAGACUUAAUACUGCCAAAUGGUGAAUUUUGGGUUCAUGCUGUUCCCUAUAUACUACCGCAAGGAAGAAAUUCAUUUAUUAAUCCCUAUAGAAAGCCAACUCACGACGAGAGACUGAACGAUGAAAGCGAAGCUGAAAAUGAAGUUGAAGAGGCCGUUGAACGUGGACCAAAUUUAUUAACUGAAGUUAAUCAUGAUAGUCCAAUUGCAGACAUGUAUCCCGCAUGGUCAAUUAGUCUCUCAUCAGCACUGGUACCAGAGCAUGCACUUGUAUCAGUUAGAUCAAAUCGAUGGCCAGGUGCAUAUACUGUUGGUGAUAGGAGACGUUUUAAAAAUUUUUACGUUGGAUGGGGAUUGAAGAAUCGAGAAGAAAGUUCGCUUGCAAAUCUCAUAAUGGAGUACGUACCACAGAAUGAAUUUAGAGAUAUUGAACAAAAGUUAAUCGAGAUAGAUGAUCCUAUACCUGAAAAUGAAAGAUCAACUAAAUCCCCAAUACCUGAAGAAGAAGAAGAAGAUGAAGACGAUAUUGAAGAAGAAUUUUAG